AUGAAGCAGGUCUGGUGGGCUGCCGGGUUGACGGUGCCAGCUGCGUUCGUGGUGAAGCUGCUGAUCGGGGGCGGCUCCAGGAGGAAGCCGCUGCGGCAGAGGGCAAAGGAAGAUCAGGAUGGCUCUGAACUGAGCUUCUUCUGCGAACGAGUGUGCACGUCCGAUAGGCUCCUCAGGAGAAUGGGAGGCCUAUCCAAGGACCCCACCCCUGGGACAUGUGUGACUGUGUGCGGUGUCUCAGAUGCCGAUGCAUGCACAGAUGCCUGCCAACGUGCUGUGUGCAUAAACAUGCACCAGGUACCAGCAUGGAAUGAGGCAUGUGUCACGCGAUGCACCAACGAAUGCCUACGAGGGAGGACCCACCUGUGA